AUGGAAGUAGAAGUGGAGACAUCCCCAGUAAUUGUUGUCAAGUCUUCAGUGCAUCCUAAUUUUUGUAGAGCCUUUAUCAGUUUGCUCUCUAUGAAGAAGUCAGAAAGUAGUAUGCCAAAUGAGGAAGAUCCAGUGCAUGUGUCCACUGAUGACUCUCAGUCCAAGGAAUCAAGUCAAGCUCCAGCCUCUGUUCAGAACAUCUUUGAUGAUGAUUCUGAUGAUGUUACCUUAACAGCUUCUCUCCUUGAUAGUGUUGCUGCUAGGAUCAAGAGAAAAAGAAGGGUUCCAGAUGUUGAAGAAUCUCCUGCUCCAAAGGAUAAUUCGAAGACCACUCCAGCAACUUCCAAGUCUAAGCAAGUAGAUGUGAAGGGAAAAGGUAAGCAACAGGAGGUUGAAGCCAAGAGUGCCAAGAAGAAGAAGGUUCCAGUUGCUGCUGAGGAAUCUGGGUCUGAUGUUGAGGAGGAUGUCGAUGACAUCUUGCCUUCUGAGAAGAAGAAGUAUGCAGGAAAACGCUUUCCUCAUAAUGUCCAUGUUGUUUCUAUUGACAAUGUGUCUUUCCAUGCUGAAGGAAAUGUCCAGAAGUGGAAGUAUGUGUGUCAACGCAAAAUUGACAAGGAUAGGGAAGUUGGCUCUGAUGUGCUUGAGUGCAAGGAAGUGGUUGCACUCAUUGAGAAGGCUGGACUGAUGAAGACCAUUCUCAAGGUUGGAAGGUGUUAUGAAAGGCUGGUGAAGGAAUUUUUGGUGAAUCUUUCUGUGGAAGUGGGACUUCCUGAAAGUGUUGAGUUCAGAAAGGUGUAUGUGAGGGAUAAGUGUGUUGAGUUCUCACCUGCUGUGAUCAACGAAGCACUUGGAAGAAGUGUUGUUGAAUGUGUUGAUGAGGAUAUGUCCUUGGAUGUGAUCGCCAAGGAAAUUACUCCUGGCCAAGUCAAGAAGUGGCCUAUCAAGAAGUUGUUAUCCACUGGAAAUCAUAGUAUGGAGUAUGCAAUCCUUAACAAGAUUGGAGAUGUGAAUUGGGUUCCUACCCAACAUACUUCUGGAGUUUUUGCUACUCUUGCCAAGUUGAUCUACCAAAUUGGCACUUCUGCUGAUUUUGAUUUUGGUUCUUUUGUGUUUGAGCAGACAUUACAACAUGCUGACACUUGUGAUGUGUAG